AUGGUUAAUAUUCAAAAAUACUUAAACCAAAAAUAUCCGACUAAAGAAGACAAAGAAAAAGUAAAAGAGAUUAUUAUCAAUCGAGAAAAUCCUCUUUCUGAAGUCGAGGGGGGAGAACUAAAUUUAUCUGAAUAUUUUAAUUUAGAAAAAUUGAUAGUUGAUGGAAGAGAUUUAAAAACCCCUCUAACUGAAUUAAAGGUCGACGGUUGCUCCAAACUAAUCCAACUUAAAUGUAUAAUUAAUUAUACAUUUAAGAUUAAUGAUUUAAGAGACCUAGAUUUGAGCAAUUGUCGUUGUCUUGCCGACUUGGCUUGUCAAGUUAAUUUAUUCACUUCUAUAGACUUUUUAAAAAGGUUACCGCAUCCAGAAAAACUAUUUUACCUUGAUAUCGGUGACAAUGAUUUUGCUACUCAAGAUUUGAAGCUCCAAGCCAAACUAACUGAAUUACAAACUAAGUUCCAAGCCAAGGAAGAAGAAUUACAAGAACAAAUUGAAGCUAAAGAAAAACAAGUUGCUAAUGCUAAAACAAAGUUAGACACAAUAAGAUCUAAAAAAGCAAAACUAGCAAAACAAUUGAAUAAGGUCACUAAUCCAGUCGAAAGAGAACAAUUAAACCAAGUUUUCCUUGAAGCAGAAAGGAAACUUAUGAAAGCUGAAAUGGAACUGGAAUUUAAUGAAAAAGAAAAAACAAGUUUGAGUUUAAGAGUUAAAGAACUAGAGGAUAAGCUAGAAAAAGAAAGACAAAACGUUUUGGGGGCAAUCGAAAAAAGAGUAGAAGAUAUUAAGGAAGUAUCUAGAAUAGCCAGCGUUUCUCAAUCUUCAGAGCCGCUAGGAAGAUUUGCUAGGCUUGGAAGAGCAGCAGAUGAUAUAACUGACUUUGUCCAUGAUUGUGCCACUGAUUGA